GAUAAUACACAGAAUUUAGGUCACUUCCGGUUAUUUUCGCGGGAAAAACCUGUCAGUCAAUACUAAACAAGCAAGUUGAAAAUAUUCACUGAAGAUCCACCAAAUCAGAAUGGUUAGAACGAAGGCCAGUAGUAGUGGAGUUAAAGCGGUAGCAGCAAAAGCACCACGUAAAGCUUUAGGUGGUGGCGGUGGGGGAGGUGGUGCAGGACCAUCAGGCUUUGGCUCACCAAAAGCAGGUAAGCCUGGGAAAUAUGAUGGCGGAAAUGGGUACUGUCCUAGACCAACACCCGACUGGCAGAAGGGAAUCGACAACUUCUUCACAAAGAAACCUAGCAAAGACAAAGAGAACGAGAAACCGGAAGAUCCUGAUGAGCCUGAUGCUAAGAAAUUGAAAUCUGAUGAUGAAGAUAUUGCAACUGAACCAAGUUCCUCUAAGUCAUCUGAGGAAGCCACCAAUGAAGAGACAGAAAAUGUUGAAAAAGACAAUGAUAUUGCAGCAGAAGAAGAAAAAGAGGACAAUAAGGAAAGUGACGAUGAAUCUGAAUCUCCUGUGAAAACUAGAAAACCUUUAAUUGAAAGUGAUGAAGAUGAAUAGGGGUGCCAUUUCAAUGAAAUAUGUUGAUAUAUCGAAGGAGCAAUUCAUUAUUAUUACUGUAUGUAAUUAUUGUCAGGGAUAUUUUCUGUAAUGAAUCAGGGAUGCUAUCUGCUGAGCCAUUAAACCUCAAUGAAUUAAAACGCACGAUGGGAAUUCUUAGCAUUUCUACAAAUAGUGCUUCCAAAUUACAGUAAAACCUGUUCACCUCUAUAAUUAGAACAUUUGAAAAAUGUCCAGUUACCAUUAACUGAAUCUCUGUAUGUUGAACACCUCCAAUGUGGAGCAUUAUUUUGAGGUACCAAUGGUGUUCCACUUACACAGGUUUUACUGUAUCUGUGUGUAAGCGGUGGUAAAUGCAUUCAGUUAGGUGAAGAAUACUGCAACUGAUUUCUUCGGAGUCUCAGUGUGUCUUCAAAUGAGCUGAACCCCAUGGCGCGUUUUACUUCAGUAUGACCUAUUAAUACAUGUGUACAUGUAUUAUGAAAUUAUCAUUAGUUAUGGAUACUGGAC